GAAGGCGGAGGAGCUGAAGCACUGUGAAGGACACCAGGAGAAGCUCAGCGAAAAAAAAAAAAGGAGAAAACGGCGCGUCCUCCCCAGUUGGUCUGCAGACGCCACAACCGCACAGCAGCAGCAGCAGCAGCAGCAGAAUGGAGGACAAAUCCAACUCGUUCUCCAGCAACAAGGAGGAGAAGGCGGACGGGAAUAAUGUGUUUCAGAGGCAAGACUCCAUACAGAAAAACAGCACUGGGAGCCAGAACAUGAAGGACCAUGGCAACUCCGUGGGCUUCAAGGGGGAGCGGGAGGAGGCCAUGGUGGGCUUUGACGAUCUGGAGGGGGCGGCCAGGCAAUACGGGUUCAUGCAGAGGCAAUUCGGGGCCAUGAUGCAGCCCGGAGUCAAUAAGUUCUCCCUGCGUAUGUUCGGCAGUCAGAAAGCGGUGGAAAAGGAGCAGGAGAGGGUCCAGACGGCCGGAUACUGGAUCAUUCAUCCGUAUAGCGAUUUUAGGUUCUACUGGGACUUAAUAAUGCUCAUCAUGAUGAUGGGGAAUCUAAUCAUCAUUCCUGUGGGAAUAACCUUCUUCUCAGAACAGACCACCACCACCUGGCUGGUCUUCAACGUGGCCUCGGACACCAUCUUCCUGGUGGACCUGGUCAUGAACUUCAGAACGGGGAUCGUCAACGAGGAGAGUUCUGAGAUCAUCCUGGACCCGAAGGUCAUCAAGAUGAAUUACCUAAAGAGCUGGUUCGUCGUGGACUUCCUCUCCUCCAUACCGGUGGAUUAUAUCUUUUUGAUAGUGGAGAAAGGCUUUGACUCUGAGGUGUAUAAGACGGCCCGCGCCCUGCGAAUCGUCCGCUUCACCAAGAUCCUCAGCCUCCUUCGACUUUUGAGACUGUCUCGACUCAUCCGAUACAUACAUCAGUGGGAGGAGAUUUUCCACAUGACCUAUGACCUGGCUAGUGCUGUGGUAAGAAUAUUUAACUUGAUAGGCAUGAUGCUGCUUCUGUGUCACUGGGAUGGAUGUCUCCAGUAUCUGGUGCCUCUCCUCCAAGACUUCCCCCCUGACUGCUGGGUGUCCUUAAACGGUAUGGUUAAUGUUUCCUGGGGCAAGCGGUACUCGUACGCCCUCUUCAAAGCCAUGAGCCACAUGCUGUGCAUCGGCUAUGGCGCCCGGGCGCCAGUGAGCAUGUCUGACCUGUGGAUCACCAUGCUGAGCAUGAUCGUGGGCGCUACGUGCUACGCCAUGUUUGUGGGCCACGCCACCGCCCUGAUCCAGUCCCUGGACUCUUCACGCCGACAGUACCAAGAGAAGUACAAGCAAGUGGAGCAAUACAUGUCCUUCCACAAGCUUCCGGCAGACAUGCGGCAGAAAAUACACGACUACUAUGAACACCGCUACCAGGGCAAGAUCUUCGAUGAGGACAACAUCCUGAGCGAACUCAAUGACCCCCUCAAGGAGGAAAUUGUCAACUUCAACUGCCGCAAGCUGGUGGCCACCAUGCCGCUGUUUGCCAACGCAGACCCCAACUUUGUGACGGGGAUGCUGAGCAAGCUGAAGUUUGAGGUGUUUCAGCCCAACGACUACAUCAUCCGGGAAGGCACCGUCGGGAAGAAGAUGUACUUCAUCCAGCACGGCGUCGCCAGCGUCAUCACCAAAUUCAACAAGGAGAUGAAACUGACUGAUGGCUCCUACUUUGGAGAAAUCUGCCUACUCACCAAGGGCAGACGAACAGCCAGCGUGCGAGCGGACACCUACUGCCGACUCUUCUCGCUGUCCGUCGACCAUUUCAACGAGGUGCUGGAAGAGUACCCCAUGAUGCGGCGAGCUUUCGAGACGGUAGCCAUCGACCGCUUGGAUCGCAUCGGGAAGAAGAACUCAUUGCUGCUGCAGAAGUUCCAGAAGGACCUGAACGCCGGUGUGUUCAACACACAGGAGAACGAGAUAUUGAAGCAGAUUAUCCGUCAGGACAGGGAGAUGGUGAUGAUGGUGGAUCGCAAGCAGUCGGUCACCGGGAUGAACUCGACGCCAAUGUCCGGAAACUCCAUCAUUAACUCACCGGCCCAGCCACCCUUCUCCACCGCCUUCGGAAUGAACCAGUUCCAGCAGUCCUCUGUACCUUUGACCUACAGUGCUUCAGCUAUUGCCAAUGCCUCUGCUGCCCGCAUGCUGCCGGCCGCCGCCGCAGCAGCCAUCUACCCCUUCCCCAGUGUUUCCCACGGCAACCUGAAUUCCUCCUCCACCAACCCACAGACGCCGCUCCAGCCGCAGGGCGCCAUCAUGUCACCUUGCUCCUUCACGGCUGCCAUGUGCAGCCCACCGGUUCAGACGCCACUGGCUAGCCGGAGCUUCCAGUACGGUUCUCCCACUGCAUCCCAGCUGUCGCUUAUCCAGCAGCCCAUCAACCAGUCGUCUCUCCCCAGCCAGCAGCCACCUGUGUCCGCCGCCGGGGCCGGCCCUGCGACGCCACAGCAGCAGCAGUCGCCGCAGCAGCAGCAGGCCCCUUCGCCUCAGCGGGGGGACCUCCACAAAAGCACGCAGGCUCUUCAGUCGGGCAGCUUGAGUCGAGACGUGCGGCACCUAUCAGCCUCUCAGCCGUCUCUCCCGCACGAAACAUCACUGGGGCCGCGGGCGCACCAAGCCUCGGGCGACUCGCUGGCCUCCAUCGUGCCACCAACAGCAGCGGCGGCGGCGAUCCAGGGGAUGAAUCUCCAGAGCGGCAUUCGCACCACAGUACCCCAACGGGUGAAUCUGUUCCGCCAGAUGUCAUCGGGGGCACUGCCGCCCGUACGCUCGUCAGCGGCGGCUGCGGCGGCUGCAGCGGUGGCGGCCGCAGCGACUUCAUCGACGGCAAGCCAGCCCAGGGAAUCACCCGGGUCUCGGAGAGAUUCUGUCCUGAGCAGUACGGAGACUGACCAAGACAAAAUGCGCUUUGCGUCAAAUUUAUGAUUAUUUAUUUUGCGUUUUUGUUUUUUUUUUUUUAACCACGGAGGAGCUCCAGGCUACUUCUAAAAAUAACCUCAUUGAAAUCGUGUACAUACGAGCCCUUGUAUUAUAUUUUAGACACAUUGUCUCCCUCCUUAAGAAUGUAUAUUAUACAGAUAUUCUCUUUCUUUUAUGCCAUAUCUAUAAAUAUAUACACAUAUAUGGCCUGUAUGUGUAUAUACGGCGUGAAUGGGAGCCGGGAGAAUGCGUGAGCGCAUGUGACUGCGUGUUGAAAUCCAACUAAUAUAUUUCGCAAUGGCAAUUUAAAACUGUAGUAUAAACACGAGUCUUCCUUUCUGAGAAAUAUAAUGAAUUAUAUACAAUGUAUGAAUUUUUUUAUUUAUAUAUUUAUGAUUUUUGUUUUUGUUUGCUUUUUUUCAAGCUGGAAUGCAUUAUGGAUCGUGACUUUUUUUCACCACUCAAGAAAAGGAAAAGCAGCUUUAGGCGCCACUGUGGAAUCAUACAUGCAAAGUAACACUUGCAAAAAAAAAAAAAAAACAUGAAAAAAAGAAAAGGAAAAAAAAAGCACACAAUCACAAGAAAGAAAUCGCAACUUUCUGAACAGAAAAUCGACACAGUACAUAAAGUUGGGAACCUCAACAGUGUUAUGGCUCCAAACAAAAAAAAAGGGAACAAACACUCGAAAAUGCUGCUUUCUUUCUUCACGUUAGAGGAGGAGAAGACAGACGGACGAAUGGAUGGAUGCGUUUGUUUUCUAUUCCUUAUUUUGGAAGGGUUGAAAUGUCAUGUUGUUCAGAAGAUGAAAAAAAAAGAAACUGUGUAUAUUUAUAAUAUUUAUAAACUAAAGAUUAUCACCAUUAUGCAAUAGACUGUGACAUAAAGAUUACCUAUACGUGUGCUGUAAAUAGUUUUGUAGAGCUAGUAUUUACAGAUACUGUGUGGUGCAUUCUCUAUCAUAACAAUGUCUUACUUCUUACGUCUGUCGGGAACCUGGCUAUCACACGCAAGCGGCUACAAAAAUGGACAAAGGAACCUUAAUGCAAAAAAUCUCAACGCCUAACGGUAAUAGGGUACGGGACAGUAACGGUUUGCAUAACUUUACUGCAAACAACAAUUGGUUGAAUUUCCGCUGUGUCGGAGGUUAGCUAUUUCGACGACCCUUCUUCACGGCGAAAUCCAAAUGAUUUCAAUAUCAUGGAAAUUGUGAUGAAAAUUCUAUUUUUUGUUGAGCUGUAAGGUUGAAGUUAGCAUUAUGGGAGGAAGUCUUUUGGUUUUGGUUUGACCAAUCUUUUUUCAAUGAACCGUACUUGCAACCAGGAAAGACGCUGUUGAUUCAACCUCUGCUUUUUUUUAUUAAUUUGUUGCAAAAGGUCAAAAAACGAAACAUAUGAAACCGAAGCGGGGCCGAGUGGUUAGCAUGCAGACCUCACAGCUAGGAGACCCAAGUUCAAUUCCACCCUCGGCCAUCUCUGUGUGGAUGCGUUUUUUCUCCGGGUACUCCGGUUUCCUCCCACAUUCCAAAAACAUGCUAGGUUAAUUGGCCACUCCAAAUUGUCCAUAGGUAUGAAUGUGAGUGUGAAUGGUUGUUUGUCUAUAUGUGCCCUGUGAUUGGCUGGCCACCAGUACAGGGUGUACCCCGCCUCUCGCCUGAAGACAGCUGGGAUAGGCUCCAGCACCCCCCGCGACCCUCGUGAGGAUAAGCGGAAUGAAUGAAUAAAACCGAAGUUAUUUUUCAGCAUUGUUCACAAACCAAGACAGUGUAUGAAAACCAAGGGCAUUUUGGCCGAUAUGCUGAUAUUGUCCAAUACUAUAUGUCAAACCUCUUGUAGUGGAACAGCCCAUGCAGCAUUUCAUUUUUCAUUAUAUGACCUUCGUUGGAAAAAUUUCAGACACCCCUGACUUCAGCAGAAAAGCAAGAGUGUGAAUAUAAAAUCUAAUGUCCAACUUAAAUCAUAAAGGAUGAUUGCUAACUGAAGGCUUUACCAAAAACCAAACAUUGAAGGCUUCGGUGUGCUGUGUUUUGCAUUAAGGUUUUUAUGUCUCCUAUGAAUCCUUCCUUGUGGGCUUGGCUCAUGUAAACGGACCCAAACGGAUGUGAGUUCUGCCCAGAAAUAACUGAACUCAACUAUUUUCAUGUAAAGUUCUGUAAGGAUGACAGCAUGGGUCCAGUUUAGUGAGUCUGGAAGCCCAUGAGGGGAAGACUGUGUCUAACAGAACGUGUGGAUAGUGUACCAAUACAGUCCCACCACCGCUGUCAAUGAAAGCAUGCACUGUCACAACAAAUACUUUUUGGGAAAAAAAAAAAAAAAAAACAAAAAACAAUGUUGAUGUUAAUGUUAGAUUCUGUUCAUUGUCGUCCGUGUGUGAACAUCGAGCAUCGACCUUUCACAUGGACAUUCUUAAGUAUUUGUGCCUAAACCAUAGCCAUGUUCCACCCUUCGGUUCAUCCUGACGUUCCUCUUGUUUUUAAGUCUGUGUUCUUUUUUUUUUUUUUAAAGACGGGAAGUUUGCAACGAUGGCCAAACGUCUCUCGUGGCGUCCAAUGUGUUUAUUUUCUCUCAAGCUGCAUUCAGCUCAUGUUUUUUUUUUUUUUUUUUUUUUUUUUUUUUUGAGGGGAAAAAGUGCAAUCUUAAAAGCAGUAAUAUCACGCUGGGUGAGACAUUGUACAAAUUUCUACCUUUUACUUUGUAGCUAGUCACUGAUUUUUUUUGGGGGGUCCACACGUGUUGAAAGAACCGGCCAAAGCGAAAAGUCUUUUUUUGUGUGUGUGUUUUUUGAAUUGCACUUUCCGAGUAGAACAUUUUAAGCGGAUGAGUUAUAGCAAAAAGGGAGCUGGAGGAUUUCCCAACAAGGAGCGCUUAAUCGUGAAUCUGCCAUAGUGAGUAGGAACUAUAGUGCACACAGACGGCAGCACUGUUGCUUUGUGCUCUUCUUCUUUCUUCUUCUUUUUGAUACAUGCCUUUUGGAAGGGAAUGCUUCCCAACGAUGUGCUUUUUUUUUGUUCGUUUUCCUCGCUCUGCCGAUUACAGCUAACGUACCAGACGGGCAUUAAUUAUGAAUAGUGAGCUUACACAUUAGCAGCAUAGCCACCCUCGACAAACCAGCACAUAUAUUUCUAUGUAUAUUUCUGAUACCUGUUUCUUUGGUCGUCCAUGUCGGUGGAAGAAAAUAAGGAUGCAAAAAGAAUCUGAUGCCCGCAAAGGACGAGAGCCACAUUUUUUUGCUUUCAUAUGUUUACUGAUGAUAAUGAUGACGAUGACGAUGGAGGGGAGGGGUGAGUUUUUGGUAACGCCGCUCAUCGAUCCGCUCAUUCUCGCCUGGUGACUUGAUACGGAAGAAAAAAAAAAAGAAAGAUUAAUGUAAAACUUUCUUACAACAAUAUGCAGACAAACAGUGUUUGUCAAAAAAUCUUUUUUGGAUUUUUCUUUUAUUUUUUUUUUUGGGUUUAUUUUGGGUUUGUAAAUAAUAAACCUUUAAGAUAUAGAAAAUAAACGACAUAUUGUCAUUUCAAUGAACGUGUGUCGUCGUCUUUUGGAUGGACACAAACCAGCGUGGGAUUGAAGGGUCCGGAGAAGAUUCUGGAAGAGUCAGCACUUCCAGGUGAAAUAUUAUGUCAAGCGGCCUUUCCGGGGGGGGAUUUCCAUUAAUUACCUUUGAAAUCCAGGACUCGAGUCGUAAAAGUGUCAGCACAAAGACAGAUUCCCUCAAGGGUCAGAGGGUGAAUGCUGUGCUUUCUUUGUUACAAGCAUCGACAGCUCGGAGCGUCUUACAGCCCAAGCUGGCUUUUUAUUGAUUGCAUUUAUUACUUUGAGGAUGAGACCGGGUGUCCCUCCGUCAAAGCUUCAUCCCUUAAAAGAUCUGAGAGACAUCCCGUGUCAUGUGACUUG